AUGUCCUUGUUUAUACUGUUCAUUAUAGCUUUCUCCUGCUCCAAUCCAAUUGUUGCAGAACCAGCACCUUUUAUGAAGUCAGAGGCAAGUGCACUUCUCCACAGCAAGUGGUGGCCUCCCUCCAUCAUUGGCAACACUUCCUUACCUCAUUGCAAGUGGCCCGGGGUAUCUUGCGACGCCUCCGGGAGCGUCACCGAGAUUCACUUGAAAACUGAGUACCAAAUAGGAGUUCUUGGAUUGUGUUUCCUAUUUCGAGGUGGCACAAAGAGCAAGCAAUCAGAGACUACACAGAAAAAUGGAGAUUUCUUGUCAAUAUGGAACUAUGAUGGGAGGAUUGCAUAUGAAGACAUAAUCAAUGCGACAAAGGACUUUGACAUCAAAUAUUGCAUUGGGACCGGCGGUUAUGGUAGUGUCUAUAGAGCACAAGUGCCCAAUGGAAAAGUCGUGGCACUGAAGAAACUUCAUAGCUUUGAAGCAAAGGACCUGCCCUCGAACAAGAGCUUUCAGAACGAAAUAAAACACUUAAUAGAAGUAAGACAUAGAAGCAUAAUCAAGCUUCACAGUUUCUGCCUACAUAGGCAAUGCAUGUUCUUGAUUUAUGAGUACAUGGAAAAGGGGAGCCUAUUCCGUGCUCUGAGAGAUAAUGUUGAAGCGGUGGAAUUAGAUUGAUCCAAAAGAGUCGAUCUUGUCCAAGAUAUGGCACAUGCUUUGUCUUACAUGCACCAUGACUGUGCUAGGCCAAUGGUUCAUCGAGACAUAUCUAGCAACAAUAUCUUACUCAAUAGCAAAAUGCAGGCUUUUGUAUCAGAUUUCAGCACCGCAAGACUUCUCAAUCUUAAUUCCUCGUCUAACCUCACUACAAAUAUCGCUGGCACUUAUGGAUACAUUGCACCAGUUUCUCUGGCGCUUGCUUGCUUGAGUACUAAUCCAAAGUCUCAACCAACUAUGAAGCAAGUCUCGGAAGCUUUUCUAGCUCAGAAGUUACCAUUGGCGAAGCCGUUCCAUGAGAUCUCAUUAGCUGAGCUCCGUGAUAAUGAUAGAUCAUGGUUCAAAGGUGGACCCGCAGAAGCUUCAUCGGAACUAAGCGAUGAGUUAGGGUCGUUGAGUGCUUGUCCAGUAAGGAGUUAA